AUGAAGGUCAACAAUUUGCUUCCUCUCAUCGGUCUGUCUGGCACCGCACUGAGCGCCGCUGUCGUUCGCGGAACCCAAGAGCCAUGGGGAUACAAGUCCGGCUCGAAGGAGUCCAUUGCCAACUUGAAAGACAAGGUUGAAAACGUUGUCUGGAUCCUGCUGGAGAACCGCGGUUUCGACAAUAUCUUAGGUGGUGUCCACAAGGAAGGUCUUGAUAAUGUCGUCAACAACGGCCCCUUCUGCAACCCCCAGUCUGUGAACGAAACCCACAGCAAGGAGUGGUGCAACGCCUACAAAGACUACGACUCGGUCAUUCAUGACCCGGAUCACUCGGUGACCGGCAACAACUUUGAGUUCUAUGGCACUUACAACCCGUCCAAUGAGGCGAUUGCCAGCGGCAAGCUCAAGCCUAACCUGAAGGGCUUCGUCCAGCGCCAGAUGGACUCUUACCCGGCAAUUUCAGCCAAGCGGGCGACCGAGGAGGUUAUGGGUUACUACUCAGAGAGCGAGAUCCCGACACUCGUGGAACUGGUCGACGAGUUUACUACCUUCAACUACUGGCACUCCUGCGUGCCUGGCCCCACAAACCCCAACCGCCUUUGCGCCAUCGCCGGCACCCCCGACGGCCACGGCGAGAACGACGACAGCUUCCUCAAAUCCGGCGUCGACACCGCCUCCAUCUUCGAAGUCGCCUCGGAGAAAGGUAUCUCCUGGCGCAACUACGACGGCACGAACGGCGACUUCCUCCCCGACUCCCUCUUCUUCAACUGGACCGCCCAAAACGCAAAGGAAAACAUCGUCCCCAUGGAAAACUUCUACCAAGACGCUUACCUGGGCCUCCUCCCCAAACUAUCCUACAUCAAUCCCUCCUGCUGCGGCCUGAAUACCAACUCCAUGCACCCCUCCGGCAACGUCUCCUUCGGCCAGGUCCUCGUGAAACAAGUUUACGACGCCCUCCGCGCCAGCCCGCAGUGGGAGAAGACUCUGCUACUUCUCACUUACGACGAGACAGGUGGUUUCUUCGACCACGUUGCACCCCCACUUGCUGUUCGUCCUGAUAACAAGACGUACACUGAGACUGCUCCAGACGGUAGCACGUACACGCUCAAGUUUGAUCGUCUGGGUGGUCGUAUGCCUACUUGGUUGAUUUCGCCGUAUGCGCCGCAAGGAUAUGUUGAGAACUAUGGCGUUGAUCCUGUUACUGGGAAGGCUUCUUCGUACACUGCUACCUCUGUCUUGAAGACGCUGGGUUAUUUGUGGGACCUUGAGGAUCUUUCGCCGCGUGUUAGUCAUUCACCGGCUUUUGACCAUCUUAUUGGAACUAAGGCUCGGGAGUCGGCGCCGAAGACUUUGACGAACCCUCAUGUCUUCCCUGAUGCGGUUUAA